GAAAGAAGCAAGCAAGCAAGCAAGCAAACAAACAAGGAAAAAAAAAUCCAACAACACCCCAGAGUGUUUUCUAUUCAUUCAGGAACAGAGGAGGAAACUCACAUCAAAGCCUUAAGCAGAGAACAGGCAUUAGCAGGAAAUGAAAAAUUUCCUCGAGGCAAUAGUGUGCCUAUCAUAAAUGUAAAAAAAAUAACAACAAAAAAAACCAUCUAAAACUGAGUGCAAUAAAAAAAUAAAAUUGCACAUAGUAGGUGACAAAGGAAUAGAAGAAUCUAUAUCCUGAAGCCUGACACUGAUCAAACAGGGAUCACUCUCAAAAUCACAACACUCUCCACCACACAAAAACAUCUCUGCUGUUUGUGGCACCCAGCACAGGCCCCCUGAACCAACAUUCAAAUAGUCAAGAGUGACUCUGGCCCCGGGUAAGGGGAUACCCAGCACAUUUACAUCCCUGCACCUGCCCUGCUGCCCACAGCAGCAACACCAAAAUCCCCCCAGCAGCAGCAGCAGCAGCAGCAGCAGCUCUAUAAAGCUCCUCUUGCCAUCCCUGACACUCCACCAACAGCAGCCACUGACCUGCCUCAGCCUCUGCUGCCACAGCCCCCUGGGCCAGCACAGCACUGCUCCCCAGCUCACACCAUGGAAGCUUGUCACUCUCCACAGCAAUUCAAUGUCACUUCAUAUGGGGUCUUAACUGUUGCCAUCAUCACCCUGGAGGCAUUUCCCGGCAUGUGGAUAAAUGCUUUCAUUGUUUGUGUGCUUUGCAUUGCCUGGAUCAAAAAGAAAAUCCUGAACUCCAAUGAGAAGAUCUUGCUGCUGCUGGGAUGCUCCAGGUUUUGCUAUUUGUGCAUCUCCUGGGUAUAUAAAUUUCUUUCCUUUAUUUAUCCCAAUUACCUUUAUGUUCCCACCAUACUUCAACUAGCUGUAUUUUUUGAAGCCUUUUUUAAUCAUUGCAACUUGUGGUUUUCUGCGUCUCUUUGUGCUUUUUAUUGCAUAAAAAUUGCCAAUUUCAGGAACAGGUUCUUUAUCUACCUGAAAGUAAAAAUUGACAGGAUUGUGCCCUGGCUUCUCUUGGGAUCAGGGAUUUUAGCUUUGGCUGUUGGCAUCGUUGCCUAUGACAUCGCUGAUAAACCGCACUGCAACAGCAAUUCCACUGGACGAGGAAAUUUUGGGACAGCAAAUAUCAAAAUGGAUAAACAUUUUUUCCCUUCUUUUUUUCUUGCUGGCUUUGAAUAUGCUGCUUCAUUCAUGGUUGUCAUCUUUGCUGCUGUUUUCCUUCUCUUUUCUCUCUGGAGACACAAGCGCAGGAUGCAGACAAACUCCAUGAAGGACCUCAGCAUGGAUGCCCACAUCAGAGCCAUGAAAUCUAUUUUCUCCUUCUUAGUGAUGUACAGCAUCAACUUUGUAUGUUUGGUCUUAAAUAUGGUUUAUGUCACAAAGCAGGAAAAUUAUAUGACAUUUCUCAUUUUAGUAUUUCAGUACAUUUUUCCGGGUCUGCACUCCCUUAUCCUGGUUUUCAGCAAUCCCAAAUUAGAAAACACACUGCUAAAGAUUCUUCCCAUAGAAAGAAGUGUAAAGCGCAAGGUUUGCGUAAGUUAGGAGCUCAAAUAAAAUCUGGAGCCCAUACAAAAUGGUAAUAUUUCAUUAUAGAAAAUAAGUAGUUUAAUCUCUAGUGCAACUCUCCAAGCAUUAUAGAUGAUACAAAUGUUCUCAUCACUGAUAUUAAGAAUAUAUAAUUCAAAUACUAUGAAAUAAAUUAAUGUGAUUUACAUACUAUAUUUUCAAAUAUAAUUUCAUGUAGAUAAUUCUUUGAAUUUAAUUAUUGUCAGUAAAAAACUUAUUUAGACCUGGUACAGGCACUGGCUGUAAAAGGGCAAUAAAAAUACUGCAAACUGGCCACCAAAUGCUCUGGUGUUCUCUCAUUCAAACAACUGAAAUCAGCUGCAGGGUUUCUCUCUAUUUUGGUUUACCUUUCCU